GUGGAGGCCAUUCCUGGAGCACCACCUCCAGCCUUUGAUACAAGAGCCAUUCAAACAGGAGAAGCCAUCAUAAAGGAACUCCAGAAGAGAACACCACAUCUGCCUGCUUACGUAGAGGUUGAGGUGGUAGCCCCGUUUGAUGAAGCGCAGUUCUCAAAGGAGAAGAAAUCAUAACGGAACUUCAGAAAAAGAUACCAAGGUUGCCACCUUUUCAAGAAGUAAUUGCAAAGGAAGCGCCACUGGAAGCUAAGGAGGCUGUUGAAGCACCUCCAAAAGUUGAAGCUCCAAAGGAAACACAUCCAGAAGCAAGGGAAUUGGAGGUCUUGAUGGAAGUUCCAAAAGUCGAAGCAGCGAAAGAUUUGUUAGACGAAGUAAAGGAAGUUCCAGAAGAGGACUCCUAUCCAGACAGUGUGGGCGUGCUCGAAGCAACGCUCUCUGGUAGUAUACUGGUUUUACCUGUAGUCCCUAUACGGGAAGUUGAAGAGGAACAGCCUCUGGGUGAAAAGAUGGAAGAGGCGGCUCCAAAAGUGGAGAAGGAAUUACCUCCUGAAAAGAUCGAAUUAAAACAGGCCGAAGUGGAGGCCAUUCCUGGAGCACCACCUCCAGCCUUUGAUACAAGAGCCAUUCAAACAGGAGAAGCCAUCAUAAAGGAACUCCAGAAGAGAACACCACAUCUGCCUGCUUACGUAGAGGUUGAGGUGGUAGCCCCGUUUGAUGAAGCAGCAGUUCUCAAAGGAGAAGAAAUCAUAACGGAACUUCAGAAAAAGAUACCAAGGUUGCCACCUUUUCAAGAAGUAAUUGCAAAGGAAGCGCCGCUGGAAGCUAAGGAGGCUGUUGAAGCACCUCCAAAAGUUGAAGCGCCAAAGGAAACACAUCCAGAAGCAAGGGAAUUGGAGGUCUUGAUGGAAGUUCCAAAAGUCGAAGCAGCGAAAGAUUUGUUAGACGAAGUAAAGGAAGUUCCAGAAGAGGACUCCUAUCCAGACAGUGUGGGCGUGCUCGAAGCAACGCUCUCUGGUAGUAUACUGGUUUUACCUGUAGUCCCUAUACGGGAAGUUGAAGAGGAACAGCCUCCGGGUGUAAAGAAGAUCGAAGAGGCGGCUCCAAAAGUGGAGAAGGAAUUACCUCCUGAAGAGAAGAUCGAAUUAAAAGAGGCCGAAGUGGAGGCCGCUACUGGAGCACCACCUCCAGCCUUUGAUACAAGAGCCAUUCAAAGAGGAGAGGCCAUCAUACAGGAACUCCAGAAGAGAACACCACAUCUGCCUGCUUACGCAGAGGCUGAGAUGAUAGCCCCGGUUGAUGAAGCAGCAAUUCUCAGAGGGGAAGAAAUCAUAAUGGAACUUCAGAAAAAGAUACCAAGGUUGCCUCCUUUUAAAGAAGUAAUUACAAAGGAAGCGCCGCUGGAAGUUUUGGAGGCUGUUGAAGCACCUCCAAAAGUUGAAGCUCCAAAGGAAACACAUCCAGAAGCAAGGGAAUUGGAGGUCUUGAUGGAAGUUCCAAAAGUCGAAGCAGCGAAAGAUUUGUUAGACGAAGUAAAGGAAGUUCCAGAAGAGGACUCCUAUCCAGACAGUGUGGGCGUGCUCGAAGCAACGCUCUCUGGUAGUAUCCCGUCAUUGCCUGAAGUCCCCCUACGGGAAGCUGAAAAGAAACAGCCUCCGGGUGUAAAGAAGAUCGAAGAGGCGGCUCCAACAGUGGAGAAGGAAUUACCUCCUGAAGAGAAGAUCGAAUUAAAAGAGGCCGAAGUGGAGGCCACUACUGGAGCACCACCUCCAGCCUUUGAUACAAAAGCCAUUCAAAGAGGAGAGGCCAUCAUACAGGAACUCCAGAAGAGAACACCACAUCUGCGUCCUUACGCAGAGGCUGAGGUGAUAGCCCCGGUUGAUGAAGCAGCAAUUCUCAGAGGGGAAGAAAUCAUAAUGGAACUUCAGAAAAAGAUACCAAGGUUGCCUCCUUUUCAAGAAGUAAUUACAAAGGAAGCGCCGCUGGAAGUUUUGGAGGCUGUUGAAGCACCUCCAAAAGUUGAAGCUCCAAAGGAAACACAUCCAGAAGCAAGGAAAUUGGAGGUCUUGAUGGAAGUUCCAAAAGUCGAAGCAGCGAAAGAUUUGUUAGACGAAGUAAAGGAAGUUCCAGAAGAGGACUCCUAUCCAGACAGUGUGGGCGUGCUCGAAGCAACGCUCUCUGGUAGUAUCCCGUCAUUGCCUGAAGUCCCCCUACGGGAAGCUGAAAAGAAACAGCCUCCGGGUGUAAAGAAGAUCGAAGAGGCGGCUCCAAAAGUGGAGAAGGAAUUACCUCCUGAAGAGAAGAUCGAAUUAAAAGAGGCCGAAGUGGAGGCCGCUACUGGAGCACCACCUCCAGCCUUUGAUACAAGAGCCAUUCAAAGAGGAGAGGCCAUCAUACAGGAACUCCAGAAGAGAACACCACAUCUGCCUCCUUACGCAGAGGCUGAGGUGAUAGCCCCGGUUGAUGAAGCAGCAGUUCUCAAAGGAGAAGAAAUCAUAAUGGAACUUCAGAAAAAGAUGCAAAGGCUACAUCCUCUCGAAGAAGCCGUUGAAAAGAAAGUAGAAGCUGUCGAGGCAGCUCCAAAAGUGGAGAAGGAAUUACAUCGUGAAGAGAAGAUCGAAUUAAAAGAGGCCGAAGUGGAGGCUGCUACUGGAGCACCACCUCCAGCCUUUGAUACAAGAGCCAUUCAAAGAGGAGAUGCCAUCAUACAGGAACUUCAGAAGAGAACACCACAUCUACCUCCUUACGUCGAGGUUGAGGCGAUAACCCCGGUUGAUGAAGCAGCAAUUCUCAGAGGAGAAGAAAUGAUAAUGGAACUUCAGAAAAAGAUGCAAAGGCUACCUCCUCUCGAAGAAGACGUUGAAAAGAAACUAGAAGAAGCUGUCGAGGCGGCUCCAAAAGUGGAGAAGGAAUUACCUCUUGAAGUGAAGAUCGAAUUAAAAGAGGCUGAAGUGGAGGCCGCUGCUGUAGCACCACCUCCAGCCCUUGAUACAACAGCCAUUCAAAGAGGAGAGGCCAUCAUACAGGAACUCCAGAAGAGAACACCACAUCUACCUCCUUACGUCGAGGUUGAGGCGAUAACCCCGGUUGAUGAAGCAGCAAUUCUCAGAGGAGAAGAAAUGAUAAUGGAACUUCAGAAAAAGAUGCAAAGGCUACCUCCUCUCGAAGAAGACGUUGAAAAGAAACUAGAAGAAGCUGUCGAGGCGGCUCCAAAAGUGGAGAAGGAAUUACCUCUUGAAGUGAAGAUCGAAUUAAAAGAGGCUGAAGUGGAGGCCGCUGCUGUAGCACCACCUCCAGCCCUUGAUACAACAGCCAUUCAAAGAGGAGAGGCCAUCAUACAGGAACUCCAGAAGAGAACACCACAUCUGCCUCCUUACGUCGAGGUUGAGGCGAUAACCCCGGUUGAUGAAGCAGCAAUUCUCAGAGGAGAAGAAAUGAUAAUGGAACUUCAGAAAAAGAUGCAAAGGCUACCUCCUCUCGAAGAAGACGUUGAAAAGAAACUAGAAGAAGCUGUCGAGGCAGCUCCAAAAGUGGAGAAGGAAUUACCUCUUGAAGAGAAGAUCGAAUUAGAACAGGCCGAAGUGGAGGUCGCUGCUGUAGCACCACCUCUAGCCUUUGAUACAGGAGCCAUUCAAAGAGGAGAGGUCAUCAUACAGGAACUCCAGAAGAGAACACCUCAUCUGCCUCCUUACGUCGAGGUUGAGCCGAUAACCCCGAGUGAGGAAGCAGCAAUUCUCAAGGGAGAAGAAAUCAUAAUGGAACUUGAGAAAAAGAUACCAAAGUUGCCUCCUUCUCAAGAAGUAAUUACAAAGGAAGCGCCGCUGGAAGUUAAGGUUGCUGUUGAAGCACCUCCAACAGUUGAAGGUGCUAAGGAAUUACUUCCAGAAGUGAAAGGAGCUGAAGUCCUACAAGAAGUUCCAAAAGUCGAAGCAGCGAAAUAUUUGUUCGCAGAAGUAAAGGAAGUCCCAGAGGAGGACGCUUAUCCAGACCGUGCCGACGUGCUCGAAGCAACGCUCUCUGGUAGUAUCCCAUCUUUUCGUGAGGUCCCACCACGGGAAGCUGAAAAGGAACAGCCUCCGGUCCUAAAAAAGAUCGAAGAGGCGGUUCAAAAAGUGGAGAAGGAAUUACCUCUUGAAGUGAAGAUCGAAUCAAAAGAGGCCGAAGUGGAGGUCGCUGCUGUAGCACCACCUCCAGCCCUUGAUACAAGAGCCAUUCAAAGAGGAGAGGCCAUCAUACAGGAACUCCAGAAGAGAACACCACAUCUGCCUCCUUACGUCGAGGUUGAGGCGAUAACCCCGACUGAGGAAGCAGCAAUUCUCAAGGGAGAAGAAAUCAUAAUGGAACUUGAGAAAAAGAUACCAAAGUUGCCUCCUUCUCAAGAAGUGAUUACAAAGGAAGCGCCACUGGAAGUUAAGGAGGCUGUUGAAGCACCUCCAACAGUUGAAGGUGCUAAGGAAUUACUUCCAGAAGUAAAAGCAGUUGAGGUCCAACGAGAAGUUCCAAAAGUCGAAGCAGCGAAAGAUUUGUUAGCGGAAGUAAAGGAAGUUCCAGAAGAGGACGCUUAUCCAGACCGUGCCGACGUGCUCGAAGCAACGCUCUCUGGUAGUAUCCCAUCUUUUCCUGAAGUCCCACCACGGGAAGCUGAAAAGGAACAGCCUCCGGGUGUAAAGAAGAUCGAAGAGGCGGCUCCAAAAGUGGAGAAGAAAUUACCUCCUGAAGAGAAGAUCGAAUUAAGAGAGGCCGAAGUGGAGGCCGCUGCUGUAGCACCAGCUCCAGCCCUUGAUACAAGAGCCAUUCAAAGAGGAGAGGCCCUCAUACAGGAACUCCAGAAGACAACCCCACAUCUGCCUCCUUACGUCGAGGUUGAGGCGAUAACCCCGAGUGAGGAAGCAGCAAUUCUCAAGGGAGAAGAAAUCAUAAUGGAACUUGAGAAAAAGAUACCAAGGUUGCCUCCUUCUCAAGAAGUAAUUACAAAGGAAGCGCCGCUGGAAGUUAAGGUUGCUGUUGAAGCACCUCCAACAGUUGAAGGUGCUAAGGAAUUACUUCCAGAGGUGAAAGGAGCUGAAGUCCUACAAGAAGUUCCAAAAGUCGAAGCAGCGAAAUAUUUGUUCGCAGAAGUAAAGGAAGUCCCAGAGGAGGACGCUUAUCCAGACCGUGCCGACGUGCUCGAAGCAACGCUCUCUGGUAGUAUCCCAUCUUUUCCUGAAGUCCCACCACGGGAAGCUGAAAAGGAACAGCCUCCGGGUGUAAAGAAGAUCGAAGAGGCGGCUCCAAAAGUGGAGAAGAAAUUACCUCCUGAAGAGAAGAUCGAAUUAAGAGAGGCCGAAGUGGAGGCCGCUGCUGUAGCACCAGCUCCAGCCCUUGAUACAAGAGCCAUUCAAAGAGGAGAGGCCCUCAUACAGGAACUCCAGAAGAGAACCCCACAUCUGCCUCCUUACGUCGAGGUUGAGGCGAUAACCCCGAGUGAGGAAGCAGCAAUUCUCAAGGGAGAAGAAAUCAUAAUGGAACUUGAGAAAAAGAUACCAAGGUUGCCUCCUUCUCAAGAAGUAAUUACAAAGGAAGCGCCACUGGAAGUUAAGGAGGCUGUUGAAGCACCUCCAACAGUUGAAGGUGCUAAGAAAUUACUACCAGAAGUGAAAGGAGCUGAGGUCCUACAAGAAGUUCCAAAAGUCGAAGCAGCGAAAUAUUUGUUCGCAGAAGUAAAGGAAGUCCCAGAGGAGGACGCUUAUCCAGACCGGGCCGACGUGCUCGAAGCAACGCUCUCUGGUAGUAUCCCGUCUUUUCCUGAAGUCCCACCACGGGAAGCUGAAAAGGAACAGCCUCCGGGUGUAAAGAAGAUCGAAGAGGCGGCUCCAAAAGUGGAGAAGGAAUUACCUCUUGAAGUGAAGAUCGAAUUAAAAGAGGCUGAAGUGGAGGCCGCUGCUGUAGCACCAGCUCCAGCCCUUGAUACAAGAGCAAUUCAAAGAGGAGAGGCCAUCAUACAGGAACUCCAGAAAAGAACACCACAUCUGCCUCCUUACGUCGAGGUUGAGGCGAUAACCCCGAGUGAGGAAGCAGCAAUUCUCAAGGGAGAAGAAAUCAUAAUGGAACUUGAGAAAAAGAUACCAAGGUUGCCUCCUUCUCAAGAAGUAAUUACAAAGGAAGCGCCGCUGGAAGUUAAGGAGGCUGUUGAAGCACCUCCAACAGUUGAAGGUGCUAAGGAAUUACUUCCAGAAGUGAAAGGAGCUGAAGUCCUACAAGAAGUUCCAAAAGUCGAAGCAGCGAAAUAUUUGUUCGCAGAAGUAAAGGAAGUCCCAGAGGAGGACGCUUAUCCAGACCGUGCCGACGUGCUCGAAGCAACGCUCUCUGGUAGUAUCCCAUCUUUUCGUGAGAUCCCACCACGGGAAGCUGAAAAGGAACAGCCUCCGGUCCUAAAAAAGAUCGAAGAGGCGGUUCAAAAAGUGGAGAAGGAAUUACCUCUUGAAGUGAAGAUCGAAUCCAAAGAGGCCGAAGUGGAGGUCGCUGCUGUAGCACCACCUCCAGCCCUUGAUAUAAGAGCCAUUCAAAGAGGAGAGGCCAUCAUACAGGAACUCCAGAAGAGAACACCACAUCUGCCUCCUUACGUCGAGGUUGAGGCGAUAACCCCGACUGAGGAAGCAGCAAUUCUCAAGGGAGAAGAAAUCAUAAUGGAACUUGAGAAAAAGAUACCAAAGUUGCCUCCUUCUCAAGAAGUAAUUACAAAGGAAGCGCCACUGGAAGUUAAGGAGGCUGUUGAAGCACCUCCAACAGUUGAAGGUGCUAAGGAAUUACUUCCAGAAGUGAAAGGAGCUGAGGCCCUACAAGAAGUUCCAAAAGUCGAAGCAGCGAAAUAUUUGUUCGCAGAAGUAAAGGAAGUCCCAGAGGAGGACGCUUAUCCAGACCGUGCCGACGUGCUCGAAGCAACGCUCUCUGGUAGUAUCCCGUCUUUUCCUGAAGUCCCACCACGGGAAGCUGAAAAGGAACAGCUUCCGGGUGUAAAGAAGAUCGAAGAGGUGGCUCCAAAAGUGGAGAAGGAAUUACCUCUUGAAAUGAAGAUCGAAUUAAAAGAGGCCGAAGUGGAGGCCGCUGCUGUAGCACCACCUCCAGCCCUUGAUACAAGAGCAAUUCAAAGAGGAGAGGCCAUCAUACAGGAACUCCAGAAGAGAACACCACAUCUGCCUCCUUACGUCGAGGUUGAGCCGAUAACCCCGACUGAGGAAGCAGCAAUUCUCAAGGGAGAAGAAAUCAUAAUGGAACUUGAGAAAAAGAUACCAAGGUUGCCUCCUUCUCAAGAAGUAAUUACAAAGGAAGCGCCGCUGGAAGUUAAGGAGGCUGUUGAAGCACCUCCAACAGUUGAAGGUGCUAAGGAAUUACUUCCAGAAGUGAAAGGAGCUGAAGUCCUACAAGAAGUUCCAAAAGUCGAAGCAGCGAAAUAUUUGCUCGCAGAAGUAAAGGAAGUCCCAGAGGAGGACGCUUAUCCAGACCGUGCCGAUGUGCUCGAAGCAACGCUCUCUGGUAGUAUCCCAUCUUUUCCUGAAGUCCCACCACGGGAAGCUGAAAAGGAACAGCCUCCGGUCCUACAAAAGAUCGAAGAGGCGGUUCAAAAAGUGGAGAAGGAAUUACCUCUUGAAGUGAAGAUCGAAUCAGAAGAGGCCGAAGUGGAGGUCGCUGCUGUAGCACCACCUCCAGCCCUUGAUACAAGAGCCAUUCAAAGAGGAGAGGCCAUCAUACAGGAACUCCAGAAGAGAACACCACAUCUGCCUCCUUACGUCGAGGUUGAGGCGAUAACCCCGACUGAGGAAGCAGCAAUUCUCAAGGGAGAAGAAAUCAUAAUGGAACUUGAGAAAAAGAUACCAAGGUUGCCUCCUUCUCAAGAAGUAAUUACAAAGGAAGCGCCACUGGAAGUUAAGGAGGCUGUUGAAGCACCUCCAACAGUUGAAGGUGCUAAGGAAUUACUUCCAGAAGUGAAAGGAGCUGAGGUCUUACAAGAAGUUCCAAAAGUCGAAGCAGCGAAAUAUUUGUUCGCAGAAGUAAAGGAAGUCCCAGAGGAGGACGCUUAUCCAGACCGUGCCGAUGUGCUCGAAGCAACGCUCUCUGGUAGUAUCCCAUCUUUUCCUGAAGUCCCACCACGGGAAGCUGAAAAGGAACCGCCUCCGGGUGUAAAGAAGAUGGAAGAGGCAGCUCCAAAAGUGGAGAAGGAAUUACCUCUUGAAGUGAAGAUCGAAUUAAAAGAGGCUGAAGUGGAGGCCGCUGCUGUAGCACCACCUCCAGCCUUUGACGCAAGAGCCAUUCAAAGAGGAGAGGCCAUCAUAGAGGAACUCCAGAAGAGAACACCACAUCUGCCUCCUUACGUAGAGGUUGAGGCGAUCACCACGAGUGAGGAAGCAGCAAUCCUCAAGGGUGAAGAAAUCAUAAUGGAGCUUCAGAAAAAGAUACCAAGGUUGCCUCCUUUUCAAGAAGUAAUUACAAAGGAAGCGCCACUGGAAGUUAAGGAGGCUGUUGAAGCACCUCCAACAGUUGAAGGUGCUAAGGAAUUACUUCCAGAAGUAAAAGCAGUUGAGGUCCAACGAGAAGUUCCAAAAGUCGAAGCAGCGAAAGAUUUGUUAGCGGAAGUAAAGGAAGUUCCAGAAGAGGACGCUUAUCCAGACCGUGCCGACGUGCUCGAAGCAACGCUGUCUGGUAGUAUCCCAUCUUUUCCUGGAGUCCCACCACGGGAAGCUGAAAAGGAACAGCCUCCGGGUGUAAAGAAGAUCGAAGAGGCGGCUCCAAAAGUGGAGAAGAAAUUACCUCCUGAAGAGAAGAUCGAAUUAAAAGAGGCCGAAGUGGAGGCCGCUGCUGUAGCACCAGCUCCAGCCCUUGAUACAAGAGCCAUUCAAAGAGGAGAAGCCCUCAUACAGGAACUCCAGAAGAGAACCCCACAUCUGCCUCCUUACGUCGAGGUUGAGGCGAUAACCCCGAGUGAGGAAGCAGCCGUUGAAAAGAAAGUAAAGGGGGCUGUCGAGGUGGCCCCUAAAGAAUUCUAUCCAGCAGUAAAGGGUGUCACAGAAGCUGCUGCUGAAGUAGCGGAGGCUGCUGCCUUAGAUAAGGAAGCAAUUCUGAGAGCAGAAGCUAAGAUACAGCAACUUGAGAAAGUGAUACCAAGACUGCCUCCUUUUGAAGAAGUAAUUGCGAAGGAAGUGCCCCUGAAAGUAAAAGAGGUAGCUCCACAAGCUGAAGCCGUAAAGGAAUUACUUGCAGAAGUAAGUGAAGUUGAGGCUACUGGGAAAGUUCCAAGUGUAGAACCAGCGAAAGAUUUGUUUGCAGAAGUAAAGGAGGUUCCACAGUCCGUGGAAAUUGAAGCAGGUCCGCAUUACUACCCAGUCUCAUCAGGUGCUGUUACACCUGAGAUCGCACCAUUGACGGAACUGCCCUGGAGGAUUCAAAGAGAUAGGAUCAGUAGAGCAGAACCUGUUCCUGCAGCUGUCUUGGAGCAGGCUUCUGUCAAGCAGCAGUUGGGUGUGCUUGAAGCCCCUACUCUCGGGACUGAAGAGGCACGGCUGUUUCACACAUUUACAUUUGAUACAGCUGGCAUCUCGCCCUCCCGUGGGGCCGAGAGAAAAACACCCAGCAUGGAAAUGUGGACUCCAGAAGGGAUGCCCCUUCUACCAUCCGCAAUCGAACGAGAAGCAUUAAUGCAGGGGCAGUUGGAGACUCAAAUUCCGACUGCGAGGAAACAGUUAACUGGAGCGUAUCACGAAGAGUUACCAGAAAUUGAUGAACGGUAUCGCGCACUAACAUCGGCUAGAGCUGGACCACGAAUAUCCCCAGAGGCCGAGAAAGAGCUGCCCUGGAAACGCUACGAAGGAGAGAAGGUCCCUGAAGUACCGGCUGUUGUUUCAGCUGCAAUUAAAGAGAAGGCUUCUGUGGAGGAGCAGCUGGGCGUGUCAGAGAUUAUCACUGCCCGAGAACAGUUGACUGGAGCAUAUCACGAGGAGUUACCAGAAACUGAUGAACGGUAUCGCGCACUUACGUCGGCUAGAGCUGGACCACGAAUAUCCCCUGAUGCUGAGAAAGAGCUGCCCUGGAAACGGUACGAAGGAGAGGUCCCUGAAUUACCGGCUGCUGUUCCAGCUGCCGUUAAAGAGCAGGCUUCCGUGGAGGAGCAGCUAGGCGUGCCAGAGAUUAUUACUGCCAGGGAACAGCUAACUGGAGCGUAUCACGAGGAUUUACCAGAAAUGGAUGAACGGUAUCGCACACUGACAUCGGGUAGAGCUGGGCCAGAAAUAUCCCCUGAUGUGGAGAAGGAACUGCCUUGGAAACGCUUCGAAGCGGAGAAGGUCCCUGAAGCACCGGCUGUUGUACCAGCCGCAGUUAAAGAAAAGGCUUCUGUACUAGAGCAGCUAGGUGUCCGUGAAAUUUUAACUUCAAGAGAACAGUUAACUGGAGCGUAUCAUGAGGAAUUACCAGAAAUGGAUCAACGGUAUCGCACACUGACAUCGGGUAGAGCUGGACCACAAAUCUCCCCUGAUAUAGAGAAGGAACUGCCUUGGAAACGCGUCGAAGCGGAGAAGGUCCCUGAAGCACCGGCCGUUGUACCAGCUGCAGUUAAAGAAAAGGCGUCUGUACUAGAGCAGCUGGGCGUGUCUGAGAUUAUCACUGCGAGGGAACAGUUAACUGGAGCAUAUCACGAGGAGUUACCAGAAACUGAUGAACGGUAUCGCGCACUUACGUCGGCUAGAGCUGGACCACGAAUACCCCCUGAUGCUGAGAAAGAGCUGCCUUGGAAACGCUACGAAGGAGAAAAGGUCCCUGAAGUACCGGCUGUUGUUCCAGCUGCAAUUAAAGAGAAGGCUUCUGUGGAGGAGCAGCUCGGCGUGCCUGAGAUUACCACUGCGAGGGAACAGUUAACUGGAGCAUAUCACGAGGGUUUACCAGAAAUGGAUGAACGGUAUCGCACACUGACAUCAGGUAGAGCUGGACCAGAAAUAUCUCCUGACGUGGAGAAGGAACUGCCUUGGAAACGUUUCGAAGCGGAGAAGGUCCCUGAAGCACCGGCUGUUGUACCAGCUGCAGUUAAAGAAAAGGCUUCUGUACUAGAGCAGCUAGGUGUCCGUGAAAUUUUAACUUCAAGAGAACAGUUAACUGGAGCGUAUCAUGAGGAAUUACCAGAAAUGGAUGAACGGUAUCGCGCAAUUACGUCGGCUAGAGCUGGACCACGAAUAUCCCCUGACGCUGAGAAAGAGCUGCCUUGGAAACGCUACGAAGGAGAGAAGGUCCCUGAAGUACCGGCUGUUCCAGCUGCAAUUAAAGAGAAGGCUUCCAUGGAGGAGCAGCUGGGCGCGCCAGAGAUUAUCACUGCCAGGGAACAAUUAAUUGGAGCCUAUCACGAGGGUUUACCAGAAUUGGAUGAACGGUAUCGCACACUGACAUCGGGUAGAGCUGGGCCAGAAAUAUCCCCUGAUGUGGAGAAGGAACUGCCUUGGAAACGCUUCGAAGCGAAGGUCCCUGAAGCACCGGUCGUUGUACCAGCUGCAGUUAAAGAAAAGGCUUCUGUACUAGAGCAGCUAGGUGUCCGUGAAAUUUUAACUUCAAGAGAACAGUUAACUGGAGCGUAUCAUGAGGAAUUACCAGAAAUGGAUGAGCGGUAUCGCGCACUAACAUCGGCUAGAGCUGGACCACGAAUACCCCCUGAUACUGAGAAAGAGCUGCCUUGGAAACGCUACGAAGGAGAGAAGGUCCCUGAAGUACCGGCUGUUGUUCCAGCUGCAAUUAAAGAGAAGGCUUUUGUGGAGGAGCAGCUGGGCGCGCCAGAAAUUAUCACUGCCAGGGAACAGCUAACUGGAGCGUAUCACGAGGAUUUACCAGAAAUGGAUGAACGGUAUCGCACGCUGACAUCGGGUAGAGCUGGGCCAGAAAUAUCUCCUGAUGUGGAGAAGGAACUGCCUUGGAAACGUUUCGAAGCGGAGAAGGUCCCUGAAGCACCGGCUCUUGUACCAGCUGCAGUUAAAGAAAAGGCUUCUGUACUAGAGCAGCUAGGUGUCCGUGAAAUUUUAACUUCAAGAGAACAGUUAACUGGAGCGUAUCAUGAGGAAUUACCAGAAAUGGAUGAGCGGUAUCGCGCACUAACAUCGGCUAGAGCUGGACCACGAAUACCCCCUGAUACUGAGAAAGAGCUGCCUUGGAAACGCUACGAAGGAGAGAAGGUCCCUGAAGUACCGUCUGUUGUUCCAGCUGCAAUUAAAGAGAAGGCUUUUGUGGAGGAGCAGCUGGGCGCGCCAGAAAUUAUCACUGCCAGGGAACAGCUAACUGGAGCGUAUCACGAGGAUUUACCAGAAAUGGAUGAACGGUAUCGCACACUGACAUCGGGUAGAGCUGGGCCAGAAAUAUCUCCUGAUGUGGAGAAGGAACUGCCUUGGAAACGUUUCGAAGCGGAGAAGGUCCCUGAAACACCGGCUGUUGUACCAGCUGCAGUUAAAGAAAAGGCUUCUGUACUAGAGCAGCUAGGUGUCCGUGAAAUUUUAACUUCAAGAGAACAGUUAACUGGAGCGUAUCAUGAGGAAUUACCAGAAAUGGAUGAACGGUAUCGCGCAAUUACGUCGGCUAGAGCUGGACCACGAAUAUCCCCUGAUGCUGAGAAAGAGCUGCCCUGGAAACUGUACAAAGGAGAGGUCCCUGAAUUACCGGCUGCUGUUCCAGCUGCAAUUAAAGAGAAGGCUUCCGUGGAAGAGCAGCUGGGCGCGCCAGAGAUUAUCACUGCGAGGGAACAGUUAACUGGAGCCUAUCACGAGGGUUUACCAGAAAUGGAUGAACGGUAUCGCACACUGUCAUCGGGUAGAGCUGGGCCAGAAAUAUCUCCUGAUGUGGAGAAGGAACUGCCAUGGAAACGUUUCGAAGCGGAGAAGGUCCCUGAAGCACCGGCUGUUGUACCAGCUGCAGUUAAAGAAAAGGCUUCUGUACUAGAGCAGCUAGGUGCCCGUGAAAUUUUAACUUCAAGAGAACAGUUAACUGGAGCGUAUCAUGAGGAAUUACCAGAAAUGGAUGAGCGGUAUCGCGCACUAACAUCGGCUAGAGCUGGACCACGAAUACCCCUUGAUACUGAGAAAGAGCUGCCUUGGAAACGCUACGAAGGAGAGAAGGUCCCUGAAGUACCGGCUGUUGUUCCAGCUGCAAUUAAAGAGAAGGCUUUUGUGGAGGAGCAGCUGGGCGCGCCAGAAAUUAUCACUGCCAGGGAACAGCUAACUGGAGCGUAUCACGAGGAUUUACCAGAAAUGGAUGAACGGUAUCGCACACUGACAUCGGGUAGAGCUGGGCCAGAAAUAUCUCCUGAUGUGGAGAAGGAACUGCCUUGGAAACGUUUCGAAGCGGAGAAGGUCCCUGAAGCACCGGCUGUUGUACCAGCUGCAGUUAAAGAAAAGGCUUCUGUACUAGAGCAGCUAGGUGUCCGUGAAAUUUUAACUUCAAGAGAACAGUUAACUGGAGCGUAUCAUGAGGAAUUACCAGAAAUUGAUGAGCGGUAUCGCGCACUAACAUCGGCUAGAGCUGGACCACGAAUACCCCCUGAUACUGAGAAAGAGCUGCCUUGGAAACGCUACGAAGGAGAGAAGGUCCCUGAAGUACCGGCUGUUGUUCCAGCUGCAAUUAAAGAGAAGGGUUCCGUGGAAGAGCAGCUGGGCGCGCCAGAGAUUAUCACUGCGAGGGAACAGUUAACUGGAGCCUAUCACGAGGGUUUACCAGAAUUGGAUGAACGGUAUCGCACACUGACAUCGGGUAGAGCUGGGCCAGAAAUAUCCCCUGAUGUGGAGAAGGAACUGCCUUGGAAACGCUUCGAAGCGAAGGUCCCUGAAGCACCGGUCGUUGUACCAGCUGCAGUUAAAGAAAAGGCUUCUGUACUAGAACAGCUAGGUGUCCGUGAAAUUUUAACUUCAAGAGAACAGUUAACUGGAGCGUAUCAUGAGGAAUUACCAGAAAUGGAUGAACGGUAUCGCGCACUAACAUCGGCUAGAGCUGGCCCACGAAUACCCCCUGAUACUGAGAAAGAGCUGCCUUGGAAACGCUACGAAGGAGAGAAGGUCCCUGAAGUACCGGCUGUUGUUCCAGCUGCAAUUAAAGAGAAGGCUUUUGUGGAGGAGCAGCUGGGCGCACCAGAAAUUAUCACUGCGAGGGAACAGUUGACUGGAGCAUAUCACGAGGAAUUACCAGAAACUGAUGAACGGUAUCGCGCACUUACGUCGGCUAGAGCUGGACCACGAAUACCCCCUGAUGCUGAGAAAGAGCUGCCUUGGAAACGCUACGAAGGAGAAAAGGUCCCUGAAGUACCGGCUGUUGUUCCAGCUGCAAUUAAAGAGAAGGCUUCUGUGGAGGAGCAGCUGGGCGUGCCUGAGAUUAUCACUGCGAGGGAACAGUUAACUGGAGCAUAUCACGAGGGUUUACCAGAAAUGGAUGAACGGUAUCGCACACUGACAUCAGGUAGAGCUGGACCAGAAAUAUCUCCUGACGUGGAGAAGGAACUGCCUUGGAAACGUUUCGAAGCGGAGAAGGUCCCUGAAGCACCGGCUGUUGUACCAGCUGCAGUUAAAGAAAAGGCUUCUGUACUAGAGCAGCUAGGUGUCCGUGAAAUUUUAACUUCAAGAGAACAGUUAACUGGAGCGUAUCAUGAGGAAUUACCAGAAAUGGAUGAACGGUAUCGCGCACUAACAUCGGCUACAGCGGGACCACGAAUACCCCCUGAUACUGAGAAAGAGCUGCCUUGGAAACGCUACGAAGGAGAGAAGGUCCCUGAAGUACCGGCUGUUGUUCCAGCUGCAAUUAAAGAAAAGGCUUUUGUGGAGGAGCAGCUGGGCGCGCCAGAAAUUAUCACUGCCAGGGAACAAUUAAUUGGAGCCUAUCACGAGGGUUUACCAGAAUUGGAUGAACGGUAUCGCACACUGACAUCGGGUAGAGCUGGACCACAAAUCUCCCCUGAUAUAGAGAAGGAACUGCCUUGGAAACGCUUCGAAGCGGAGAAGGUCCCUGAAGCACCGGCCGUUGUACCAGCUGCAGUUAAAGAAAAGGCGUCUGUACUAGAGCAGCUGGGCGUGCCUGAGAUUAUCACUGCGAGGGAACAGUUAACUGGAGCAUAUCACGAGGAGUUACCAGAAACUGAUGAACGGUAUCGCGCACUUACGUCGGCUAGAGCUGGACCACGAAUACCCCCUGAUGCUGAGAAGGAACUGCCUUGGAAACGCUUCGAAGCGGAGAAGGUCCCUGAAGCACCGGCCGUUGUACCAGCUGCAGUUAAAGAAAAGGCGUCUGUACUAGAGCAGCUGGGCGUGUCUGAGAUUAUCACUGCGAGGGAACAGUUAACUGGAGCAUAUCACGAGGAGUUACCAGAAACUGAUGAACGGUAUCGCGCACUUACGUCGGCUAGAGCUGGACCACGAAUACCCCCUGAUGCUGAGAAAGAGCUGCCUUGGAAACGCUACGAAGGAGAAAAGGUCCCUGAAGUACCGGCUGUUGUUCCAGCUGCAAUUAAAGAGAAGGCUUCUGUGGAGGAGCAGCUGGGCGUGCCAGAGAUUAUCACUGCGAGGGAACAGUUAACUGGAGCAUAUCACGAGGAGUUACCAGAAACUGAUGAACGGUAUCGCGCACUUACGUCGGCUAGAGCUGGACCACGAAUACCCCCUGAUGCUGAGAAAGAGCUGCCUUGGAAACGCUACGAAGGAGAAAAGGUCCCUGAAGUACCGGCUGUUGUUCCAGCUGCAAUUAAAGAGAAGGCUUCUGUGGAGGAGCAGCUGGGCGUGCCUGAGAUUAUCACUGCGAGGGAACAGUUAACUGGAGCAUAUCACGAGGGUUUACCAGAAAUGGAUGAACGGUAUCGCACACUGACAUCAGGUAGAGCUGGACCAGAAAUAUCUCCUGACGUGGAGAAGGAACUGCCUUGGAAACGUUUCGAAGCGGAGAAGGUCCCUGAAGCACCGGCUGUUGUACCAGCUGCAGUUAAAGAAAAGGCUUCUGUACUAGAGCAGCUAGGUGUCCGUGAAAUUUUAACUUCAAGAGAACAGUUAACUGGAGCGUAUCAUGAGGAAUUACCAGAAAUGGAUGAACGGUAUCGCGCACUAACAUCGGCUACAGCGGGACCACGAAUACCCCCUGAUACUGAGAAAGAGCUGCCUUGGAAACGCUACGAAGGAGAGAAGGUCCCUGAAGUACCGGCUGUUGUUCCAGCUGCAAUUAAAGAGAAGGCUUUUGUGGAGGAGCAGCUGGGCGCGCCAGAAAUUAUCACUGCCAGGGAACAAUUAAUUGGAGCCUAUCACGAGGGUUUACCAGAAUUGGAUGAACGGUAUCGCACACUGACAUCGGGUAGAGCUGGACCACAAAUCUCCCCUGAUAUAGAGAAGGAACUGCCUUGGAAACGCUUCGAAGCGGAGAAGGUCCCUGAAGCACCGGCCGUUGUACCAGCUGCAGUUAAAGAAAAGGCGUCUGUACUAGAGCAGCUAGGUGUCCGUGAAAUUUUAACUUCAAGAGAACAGUUAACUGGAGCGUAUCAUGAGGAAUUACCAGAAAUGGAUGAACGGUAUCGCGCACUAACAUCGGCUAGAGCUGGCCCACGAAUACCCCCUGAUACUGAGAAAGAGCUGCCUUGGAAACGCUACGAAGGAGAGAAGGUCCCUGAAGUACCGGCUGUUGUUCCAGCUGCAAUUAAAGAGAAGGCUUUUGUGGAGGAGCAGCUGGGCGCACCAGAAAUUAUCACUGCGAGGGAACAGUUGACUGGAGCAUAUCACGAGGAAUUACCAGAAACUGAUGAACGGUAUCGCGCACUUACGUCGGCUAGAGCUGGACCACGAAUACCCCCUGAUGCUGAGAAAGAGCUGCCUUGGAAACGCUACGAAGGAGAAAAGGUCCCUGAAGUACCGGCUGUUGUUCCAGCUGCAAUUAAAGAGAAGGCUUCUGUGGAGGAGCAGCUGGGCGUGCCUGAGAUUAUCACUGCGAGGGAACAGUUAACUGGAGCAUAUCACGAGGGUUUACCAGAAAUGGAUGAACGGUAUCGCACACUGACAUCAGGUAGAGCUGGACCAGAAAUAUCUCCUGACGUGGAGAAGGAACUGCCUUGGAAACGUUUCGAAGCGGAGAAGGUCCCUGAAGCACCGGCUGUUGUACCAGCUGCAGUUAAAGAAAAGGCUUCUGUACUAGAGCAGCUAGGUGUCCGUGAAAUUUUAACUUCAAGAGAACAGUUAACUGGAGCGUAUCAUGAGGAAUUACCAGAAAUGGAUGAACGGUAUCGCGCACUAACAUCGGCUACAGCGGGACCACGAAUACCCCCUGAUACUGAGAAAGAGCUGCCUUGGAAACGCUACGAAGGAGAGAAGGUCCCUGAAGUACCGGCUGUUGUUCCAGCUGCAAUUAAAGAAAAGGCUUUUGUGGAGGAGCAGCUGGGCGCGCCAGAAAUUAUCACUGCCAGGGAACAAUUAAUUGGAGCCUAUCACGAGGGUUUACCAGAAUUGGAUGAACGGUAUCGCACACUGACAUCGGGUAGAGCUGGACCACAAAUCUCCCCUGAUAUAGAGAAGGAACUGCCUUGGAAACGCUUCGAAGCGGAGAAGGUCCCUGAAGCACCGGCCGUUGUACCAGCUGCAGUUAAAGAAAAGGCGUCUGUACUAGAGCAGCUGGGCGUGCCUGAGAUUAUCACUGCGAGGGAACAGUUAACUGGAGCAUAUCACGAGGAGUUACCAGAAACUGAUGAACGGUAUCGCGCACUUACGUCGGCUAGAGCUGGACCACGAAUACCCCCUGAUGCUGAGAAGGAACUGCCUUGGAAACGCUUCGAAGCGGAGAAGGUCCCUGAAGCACCGGCCGUUGUACCAGCUGCAGUUAAAGAAAAGGCGUCUGUACUAGAGCAGCUGGGCGUGUCUGAGAUUAUCACUGCGAGGGAACAGUUAACUGGAGCAUAUCACGAGGAGUUACCAGAAACUGAUGAACGGUAUCGCGCACUUACGUCGGCUAGAGCUGGACCACGAAUACCCCCUGAUGCUGAGAAAGAGCUGCCUUGGAAACGCUACGAAGGAGAAAAGGUCCCUGAAGUACCGGCUGUUGUUCCAGCUGCAAUUAAAGAGAAGGCUUCUGUGGAGGAGCAGCUGGGCGUGCCAGAGAUUAUCACUGCGAGGGAACAGUUAACUGGAGCAUAUCACGAGGAGUUACCAGAAACUGAUGAACGGUAUCGCGCACUUACGUCGGCUAGAGCUGGACCACGAAUACCCCCUGAUGCUGAGAAAGAGCUGCCUUGGAAACGCUACGAAGGAGAAAAGGUCCCUGAAGUACCGGCUGUUGUUCCAGCUGCAAUUAAAGAGAAGGCUUCUGUGGAGGAGCAGCUGGGCGUGCCUGAGAUUAUCACUGCGAGGGAACAGUUAACUGGAGCAUAUCACGAGGGUUUACCAGAAAUGGAUGAACGGUAUCGCACACUGACAUCAGGUAGAGCUGGACCAGAAAUAUCUCCUGACGUGGAGAAGGAACUGCCUUGGAAACGUUUCGAAGCGGAGAAGGUCCCUGAAGCACCGGCUGUUGUACCAGCUGCAGUUAAAGAAAAGGCUUCUGUACUAGAGCAGCUAGGUGUCCGUGAAAUUUUAACUUCAAGAGAACAGUUAACUGGAGCGUAUCAUGAGGAAUUACCAGAAAUGGAUGAACGGUAUCGCGCACUAACAUCGGCUACAGCGGGACCACGAAUACCCCCUGAUACUGAGAAAGAGCUGCCUUGGAAACGCUACGAAGGAGAGAAGGUCCCUGAAGUACCGGCUGUUGUUCCAGCUGCAAUUAAAGAGAAGGCUUUUGUGGAGGAGCAGCUGGGCGCGCCAGAAAUUAUCACUGCCAGGGAACAAUUAAUUGGAGCCUAUCACGAGGGUUUACCAGAAUUGGAUGAACGGUAUCGCACACUGACAUCGGGUAGAGCUGGACCACAAAUCUCCCCUGAUAUAGAGAAGGAACUGCCUUGGAAACGCUUCGAAGCGGAGAAGGUCCCUGAAGCACCGGCCGUUGUACCAGCUGCAGUUAAAGAAAAGGCGUCUGUACUAGAGCAGCUGGGCGUGCCUGAGAUUAUCACUGCGAGGGAACAGUUAACUGGAGCAUAUCACGAGGAGUUACCAGAAACUGAUGAACGGUAUCGCGCACUUACGUCGGCUAGAGCUGGACCACGAAUACCCCCUGAUGCUGAGAAGGAACUGCCUUGGAAACGCUUCGAAGCGGAGAAGGUCCCUGAAGCACCGGCCGUUGUACCAGCUGCAGUUAAAGAAAAGGCGUCUGUACUAGAGCAGCUGGGCGUGUCUGAGAUUAUCACUGCGAGGGAACAGUUAACUGGAGCAUAUCACGAGGAGUUACCAGAAACUGAUGAACGGUAUCGCGCACUUACGUCGGCUAGAGCUGGACCACGAAUACCCCCUGAUGCUGAGAAAGAGCUGCCUUGGAAACGCUACGAAGGAGAAAAGGUCCCUGAAGUACCGGCUGUUGUUCCAGCUGCAAUUAAAGAGAAGGCUUCUGUGGAGGAGCAGCUGGGCGUGCCAGAGAUUAUCACUGCGAGGGAACAGUUAACUGGAGCAUAUCACGAGGAGUUACCAGAAACUGAUGAACGGUAUCGCGCACUUACGUCGGCUAGAGCUGGACCACGAAUACCCCCUGAUGCUGAGAAAGAGCUGCCUUGGAAACGCUACGAAGGAGAAAAGGUCCCUGAAGUACCGGCUGUUGUUCCAGCUGCAAUUAAAGAGAAGGCUUCUGUGGAGGAGCAGCUGGGCGUGCCAGAGAUUAUCACUGCGAGGGAACAGUUAACUGGAGCCUAUCACGAGGGUUUACCAGAAUUGGAUGAACGGUAUCGCACACUGACAUCAGGUAGAGCUGGACCAGAAAUAUCUCCUGACGUGGAGAAGGAACUGCCUUGGAAACGUUUCGAAGCGGAGAAGGUCCCUGAAGCACCGGCUGUUGUACCAGCUGCAGUUAAAGAAAAGGCUUCUGUACUAGAGCAGCUCGGUGUCCGUGAAAUUUUAACUUCAAGAGAACAGUUAACUGGAGCGUAUCAUGAGGAAUUACCAGAAAUGGAUGAACGGUAUCGCGCACUAACAUCGGCUACAGCGGGACCACGAAUACCACCUGAUGCUGAGAAAGAGCUGCCUUGGAAACGCUACGAAGGAGAAAAGAUCCCUGAAGUACCGUCUGUUGUUCCUGCUGCAAUUAAAGAGAAGGCUUUUGUGGAGGAGCAGCUGGGCGCGCCAGAGAUUAUCACUGCCAGGGAACAAUUAAUUGGAGCCUAUCACGAGGGUUUACCAGAAUUGGAUGAACGGUAUCGCACACUGGCAUCGGGUAAAGCUGGACCACAAAUCUCCCCUGAUAUAGAGAAGGAACUGCCUUGGAAACGCUUCGAAGCGGAGAAGGUCCCUGAAGCACCGGCCGGUGUGCCAGCUGCAGUUAAAGAAAAGGCGUCUGUACUAGAGCAGCUGGGCGUGCCUGAGAUUAUCACUGCGAGGGAACAGUUAACUGGAGCAUAUCACGAGGAGUUACCAGAAACUGAUGAACGGUAUCGCGCACUUACGUCGGCUAGAGCUGGACCACGAAUACCCCCUGAUGCUGAGAAAGAGCUGCCUUGGAAACGCUACGAAGGAGAAAAGGUCUCUGAAGUACCGGCUGUUGUUCCAGCUGCAAUUAAAGAGAAGGCUUCUGUGGAGGAGCAGCUGGGCGUGCCUGAGAUUAUCACUGCGAGGGAACAGUUAACUGGAGCAUAUCACGAGGGUUUACCAGAAAUGGAUGAACGGUAUCGCACACUGACAUCUGGUAGAGCUGGACCAGAAAUAUCCCCUGAUGUGGAGAAGGAACUGCCAUGGAAACGUUUCGAAGAGAAGGUCCCUGAGACAGCAGCUGCUGUGCCAGCUGCAAUUAAAGAAAAGGCCUCUGUACUGGAGCAGCUAGGUGUGCAUGAAACUAUCUCAGAAGAACUCCAGAUAAAACGUGAGAGUGUUAGUCAAGGCUCUAAGAAAGAAUCUACUGCCACGUACCAUACAGCUGAAGAGAUAGAAACCUCGACAAGUCAGGAUGCUGCAUUCAAAAGUGUAGAGUCACGCACUCCUAAGUCUUCUACAGACUAUGCAGAGGCACACUUACCACUGCCAAAGACUACUGUGGCGGGGCCCCUUGUGACGACUGACCUCCUUGUCGAUGAAAUUGAGGGGAAAGCUUAUCCUACAAAGGUAACUGUCGGAGAAGCUGCUCUUCCGAGUGCCCGGGAGGAACGCAAGAAACCCGAAGAUAAGGUUCAGCCUAGUUUGGUUACUCAAAUUGGCGAGGAAGCAAAGGCAGAAGAACCAACUGCCAAAGAGAUUGUGCCAGCUGCUCACGUGAGCAAAGUAGGAAUGGCAGAAGUGUCUGCUGCUGCUUUGGGAGCACCGUUAGGUAUGGAUAUUGUGCCCUCUGCUCUGGUCGGCGAAGUAGCAGCGGCGGAAGUAAUACCUGCCACAGUCGAAGCACCGUCUGUCAAAGAUAUUGUGCCAGCUGCUCCAGUCGGUGCAGUAGCAACGGUAGAGGUACUUCCCGCCCUAAUUGAAGCACCGCCGGCCAGGGAUAUUAUGCCGGCUGCAGCAGCUAGUGAAGUUGCACUAGCAGAAGUAUUGCCUGCUUCUCUGGAAGUGCCAUCUGCUAAGUAUGUUGUGCCAUCUGUUCAACUCGGUGAAGUAGUGGCCGAGGAGGUACAUCCUGCUCCUUUGAAAGGACCACCAGUAGGCGAAAUAGUAUCUGUGGAACUAUUGCCUGCUCCAUUGCAAGCACCGUCUGAUAAAGAUAUUGUAAAAGCUGCCCCAGUGGGUGAAUUAGCAACAGCAGAACUAUUACAUACUCGUUUGAUAGCACCGGGAGCUAAAGAUAUUGCGCCUGUUGCUCCAGCCGGCGAAGUCGUAACGGAAGUAGUAUUUCCUGCUCCUGUGAAAUAUCCAUCUGCCAAAAACAUUGUGCCACCUGCUCCUGUAGGGGAAUUAGCAACGGUAGAAGUAUUACCUACUCCUGUGGAAGCAUCAGGAGCUCAGAAAAUUACGCCUGCUGCCCCAGCCGCCGAAGUAGUAACGGCAGAAGUAUUACCAGCUCCCGUGAAGGCACCUUCAGCCAAAGAUAUGGUGUCACCUGCUCCUGUCAGUGAACUAGUACCUGUUGCAGCAUUACCUAGUCCUUUGGAAGCACGUGAAGCUAAAGACAUUGUGCCCGCUGCUCCAGCUGGCGAAGUCGUAGCGGCAGAAGUAUUACCUCCUCCAGUGAAAUACCCGUCUGCCAAAGACAUUGUGCUACCUGCUGCUGUCGGGGAAUUAGCAACGGUCGAAGUACUACCUACUCCAUUUGAAGCCGCAAGAGCUCAGGAAAUUGUGCCUGCUGCUCCAGUCGGUGAAGUCGUAACGGCAGAAGUAUUACCUGCUCCACUGAAAUAUCCAUCUGAGAAAGAUAUGGUGCAACCUGCUCCUGUCGGCGAACUGGUAGCGGCCGUGGCAUUACCUACUCCUUUGGAAGAACCAGGAGCUAAGGGUAUUGUGCCGGCCGCUUCAGCCGGAGAAGUAGCAACAGCAGCUGUAUUACCCGCUCCUGUGGCCACUGCUGAACCCGGUGAAAUAGCAACAGAGGUACUGCCUGCUCCACUGAAAGUACCACAAGUACAAUUGACCCAAUAUAUCGUGUCUGCUCUUCCUGUCGGUGAAGUUGCCAUACCGGAAGUAUUUCCUGCUCCCCUGGCAGUACCGUCCGCAAAAGAUAUCGUGUCAGCUUCUCCUCUCGGUGAAGUAUCCACUGCGGAGGUACUUCCAGCAACUUUGAAGACCCCUUCAACAAAAGAUAUUGUGCCAGCAGCGCCUAUCGGUGAAGUUGUAACAGCCGAAGUGCUGCCUGCUGUGCCUGUUGUACCAACUAAGGAAUUAGCGGUUAUUACAGCCGUGGUGCCGUCCGGGGAACUGGUACCGUCCUCUACUGCUGCCGUUGCAAUCAGAGAGGCAGCAGGAGCUGCUGAACCCAUGCCUCGAGUUGUGAAGCCGACUGUUUCAACAGAACUUGUACCUAUCCUGGAGCCUGCAGCUGUUGUCCCAUCGCGAGAUGAAUUUAUAGCCUCCCCUGCUCCUGCCGCUGCAGAAGCUCCCAUUGUAAUUACAGAGGCUGAGCGCGUGCCUCCAGGUAUAAAGCAGAUUGUUUCUACAGAACUUGUGCCUGUAACCCAGAUGACAGCUGUCGUCCCCUCUGAAGGCAGAGUGGUACCAUCUCAUGAAGUCGCACCACGUCUUGAGCUUUCCACCCCGACUGAGUUAGUUCCCCUACGGCUGAGUGCAACGGCUGUAGUGGCAUACGAAGGUGAGGUACCUCAGAAAGAGGACGUCAGUGCUGAAGUAGGUGCAGCAGCACUUGAAACAAGGCGCGCCGAAGAGACGCGACCACAUGUGCACCUGGAAGAACCAUUAGCACCUCGUCAUACCACGUCAGAAGAGCGCUUAGACGAGGGACGCGGAAGACGUAAGGGUCCCCCGGCGGAGUUAAAAAGAAAGGGCAAAGUUCAAGCCAAGAAGGGCUCCAAAUUUUUCUACGUGCAUCCAAGUGAAGAGGAACGACCAGGUCCGCCCAGUGUAGCUGAGUACGCAUGGGGACCGACGGAGUUCCGUUAUCCAGAAGCCGCGACGGAACCAGAACAGUAUACUGUGGACAUCUCGAAAGUGCUUGUGCAGCCUUUCUUAGAGCCAACAAUAACUUCUGUCGAAAAGCCAGAGCAAGUGUCCUAUGAGGAAGAAGUGAGGCCAGUACAGGAAGCAGCCCUACCCGGUACUACAGAAGGCGUAACUACGGAUGUUGGCGUUCCGCUUGAAGGAGGGACUUUGACAAUGGAACCACAGAAGGCGACUGCGCCUGCUGAAGAAGAGAAGUUUAUUAGCGAAGUGCAGACUGGAGCAGAGGUGCCCGAAAAGAAAACGUCGCCACCGCCUGAAAAGGUUGACACCGGCCUUGAGAGCGAGAUAGAUGACGACGCCUAUCCAGACGACGUAGGCGUAGUUGAGGCGACACUAUCUGGUUCAGCUAUAGCCGGUCUCCCACCUUGGAAAGCAGAACGGCCAAUCGAAGAGAAAGUACCUGAGAUUGUAAAAUCUGAAAUAUCUGCUGAAGAGCGCGAAGCGAUCUCGGCUGUGACUGGGCCCCCCGAAGAGCCGUCAUUUCCUCCAGUGAAGUUGGCACAACCUCACCCUGCAGAAAUCAGUCUGGACUUGGAAAUCGCUGAUGAUGCCUUCCCAGAUGACGUGUCUGUGCUCGAGGCGACGUUGUCCGGCACAGCUCUCGCAGGCACGAGGGAGAGGUGGAAGAAAGAAGUGGCCCCAAUAGUUGAGGAAGAAGCUCCUCCACCAGUCCCUGAAAAGGGGCCCGGCGCUGCGCUAGAGGAAGCCGCCAUUUCAGAAAAGGAUGUGAUUGAAGACGUGGCAGCACGAGUUAAAGGUGACGUAAAAGUUGAGAAACAGGUCCCUCCUGUAAAAGAGGACGUUUCAGACAAAGAAAAGGCAGCUGCCGUUCUUAAAGGAGAGGCCAUAAUAGCGGCACUUCAGAGAAAAAUACCGCAUCUACCGCGUCUGCAGGGUGAAGUGGAGGAAGUCCCCGAGGUUGAGGAAAAAGAAGCUGCAGUUCUUGAAGGAGAAGCCAUCAUAGCUGCACUUGAGAGGCAGACACCACAUUUGCCGACUCUGAAAAUGAAAGUAGAAAGUGCAGAAAGCAUUUCGAUUCUUGAAGGAGAAGCCAUAAUAGCUGCACUUCAGAAAGAGACGCCACAUCUGCCACCCACGGAAAUUCGUGGAGGCAAGGCGGAGGAAGCUGUGCCUCCCGAAAAGGAAAUGACUGAAAAACAACUGAGGAAAGAGGCUGCACGUUUGCCAGCCAUGGAAGAGGAACCUACACCUUUCCCCGUACCGCCAGAAGCCGAAGAGCAAGUGGACGACGUCACGAAGACGGUGAUAAAGUCCGUAAAGUCAAAACGACGACUAGACUUUGACUCGACCGGCAUUGCCGACAGUGAAACACGAGGACCUUUGACUGCUCGAGACCGGUUAGGAAAAGGGAGAAUGUAUUCCGUGGAGAAAGUGAUAUACUCCACGGAGAAGGUAGAGGUAACGCAGCGCAUAGACCGAGAGACGGCCGAUAGUCUUCGGCAAGCAUACGCAGAGUACGCCGUCCCAGGAUCACAGGCAGACAACAUAUUAAAAGAAGUCGUGAACCGGUCCAUUACCACAGAGCAGGUGACAGAACCUCUCGACAAAGAAGCUACGGAGGCUGCCAUGAGAGAAUUGGAAACCACUUUUACGACAACAAGGGGGGCAGACGAGGACGAAACAUUCAUCAAAUCCAUGACGACAGAGGUUGAUACAUCGGAAAUCGUACUGUUUAGACUAACAAGGGAUAAACCGUCGCGUAGCUCAACUCAAAAGCUUCAAUCUACUGACCAGGGGCCCCCGCCACCGCCUGGUUCUUCAGACACGCCACAGAAAAGACGCAAGUAUGGCCACACCGCCCUACCUAGUGCUGGCGCCGAGGGACCCGAGAACACAGCAGAACGGAGUAAAGAAGACGUUAUUCAAAGCUUUCUCAGCGAAGACUAUGUCAAAGAAACAACGGAUGACAGUUCAACGCAAGCGACAUCUAAAGAGGUAGCGUUAUAUCGGCAGUCAAAGGUAACCUCUGCAGCAGCAGGUCGUGGGGAGGACCGGGGUGAGCAACAGAGGCGGCCACCGACUGUUAUCACUACUAUCCCAGGAACAAGGCUCGAGAAAACGUUAUCAGGUGACGCAGUACCGUGCACAACUUUGCCAGCAUUGGGGGCUGCUAUUCGUCGUCCGAAACCAGCGAAAGGGGAGACUUCAUCGGAGACUAGCAUUCCCGGUGUAGGCUCUUCAGAAGUCUCGGACUAUGUGGCGGAGGAGCCACAAGACACUGCACCAGAAACACCUACGAAACCCCUGCAUCGACCCAAAAUGCAUGAAGACAUCACUGACCCACACUACCAGAAAGAAAUCUUGACCGGAAUACUGAAUGCUCAGCCAACACAAUUUAGCCACCCGAGGCACUCGCUACCCCUGUACAAACAGGAGGCCGCACAAGCAGAGGAUAGGGAAACGCAAGAUCGGACCUCAUCUGCUGUGGGAGACGAGACUUUCGAAGAAAAGGUAACUAAGGAUGAAGGCAAAGCACCGACAGGAGUGACAGCAUCCCGAAAAGGAACUGACGUGACCAAGGCCACUAGGAAGCGCAAAAAACCAGACAAAAAGCUAAGGUCCCGUAAGGGGGUCGAAAAGUCGCCUAAGCCUCCUAAAGCUCCUGCCCCGCCAUCCCUAGGCCAGAAGCUAAGCGAACCGACUGAAGACUUCGUCCUGCCCCCAUUGCAGUCAGAACACUACAUUGACGUUGUGACAGACAGCAUCAUAAGGCCUUCUGAUGUAGCUCGAACACGUAGAGCCCUGCAGGAAAUGCCAUCUUUGCGCACUCUGGUUUUCGACCUAAGAGAAGCACUGGAGUUCGGUGGAGUUGUGCCGAGGUCACAUGGCGUCAGGACACAGUAUCGGCAAUUUGAAGUUCCAACCGAGCAACGUGCUGACGUCCAGAGAGCCGUUCAGGGGUUUCAAGAUCUCGGCGCAGAACAGAUCGCGAUCGCGACUGUACCAGCGGCAGCUGCAACGGGUACAGCUGUGAUUGCAGUUCCUGUUAUUGCACAAUGCACCGCUGAACCUAACUUUAUCGACGGAGCAGAAACGUAUGACCCCGACGCCCUCUCCGCACUUCACUCUCAUGUGGAAGACAUUCGAAGACAAAGUGCGCAAGAGACACACUUGUUCACGGCAGCCCCCGAGCCACCGUAUCGGUUCUUUGAGCCAUUACCCGGGGUAGAAAGCCUGCAGGCGAUUCAGUACGUUCCCGUUGAAGAUGAUUCAAGGAGCGCUCACAGGCAUCCCGAAGCGCCGUGCAUGGGUGAAGGAUCGCAAGACGUUGGCUUUGGAACAAGACCUGGCCCGAGCAGGCCAAGAAGACCUUCCACUACCACAGUCCCGCCGGAUAUUAGGAGAACCAGCGUUAUUCACGAACCUGGAUACACGAUGGACCAACCGUCUACGUCGAGGGCGUAUGAAACUGGCGACAUUACUUGCGACGCUAAGCCAGAGACAAAGGAAUCUGAAACCAGCAGUGAGAGCGUACCUACCGGACUGGAGAGCGCUGCUCCCAUCAUUGCCGUUUCAUUUGCUCUAGUAGCCAUAGUAGCUGCUGCGGCGAUCUUCAUCAGUUCCCAUCUUGACGCAACAGAUCCAAACGUGUGAUGGCUAACCUGCACAGUGGUCCCGCGCCUUACUCCGCAGGCUGAUAAUAUGAAAUAAUAAAUAAUUGUUUUCCUAUA